AUGCCAAUGACCCUUGCCACAGCUAACUAUGCUCUGCUAGCUGCCGUUUAUGGCCUGGCCAUGCUGACCUCCCGCCAGGGCCUCCGUAACAGGUGGCACAACUACGCGGGCAUCGCCCUGCUGGACGUGGCCGCCACCUACCUCACCAUCCUCGCCCUCCAGUACACCACCGUCACCAGCUACGCCCUCAUCACCGCCUCCAACCUCUUCAUAGUCGUCCCCCUGUCCCGCUGGCUCCUGCGCGCCCGCUACUCCCCCACCCACGCCGCCGGCGUGCUGCUGUCCCUGGCCGGCGUCCUGGUGCUCUUCCUGGCCGAUCGCUCGCCCGCUCCAGAUGCCCGCACCGCCGACCUGGUCUUCGGGGAUGCCAUGUUGCUGACAGGAUCCGCGCUCUACGGCCUGAACGCCGUCUGGGAGGAGUACAUCCUCAAGGAGGACGCCCCCGCGAAGGAACUCCUGGCGAUGCUGGGCGCCUUCGGCGCCCUCUUCGGCGGCGUGGCCACCUUGCUGCUCGGGGAGCUGUGGAGCGGCCCGACGGGGGCCAAGCACGCCGACUGGCUUCGAUCCGGCGUGGUGGCCGCCAUGUUCGCGUUCUACUCGCUCAUGCCGGCCGUCCUGGCGUGGUCCGGGGCCGCGGUGCUCCAGAUGUCGCUCCUCGCGUCCAACUUCUGGGCUGUGAUCGCGCGGCUGAUUUUUUUCGACGGCUUUGGCGGGGGUUCGAUCUGGUGGUUCCUGGUGGCGUGGGGGUUGGUAUGCGUGGGCGUGGGGACGUACACGCGGGCGGGGGAUCCGUACAGGGGCAGCGAGGGGCGGCAAUACGCGAGGCUGGGGCGGGAGGAGGACGGGGGCGGGUCGUCGGCGCCCGGCGGGCUCGAGCUGACGUCUUCUGGGGAGGAGGCGUGGCGGACAACCGGCGGAAAUGAGUCCGGAGAUGAGGAGAAUGGUUCGGGGCAGGCGCAGCGCCGCGGGCGGACACCGGCUGCCUGA